CCCAAGGGUUGGGUAUCGGAACAUACAACUGUCAAAAACUACAGACGAAAAUUUAUCGGAUUGGCAUCAUUACAACUCUGUGAAAAAUAUAAACUAUUUCAAAUAACAGCUUAAAACGCGAUUAAUAUAAUGGUAUUAGUACGUUGUGCGUUUGAUAAUUGUGGAAGCAAACGAACAAAGCAUAGAAAAUCGAUUUCCUUCUUCAGGUUCCCCAGAGAAGCGCGGCUGCUGAAAAAAUGGCUAGAUUUCUUCAACGAGCACAAUCCAACAAAAUUGGACAGGAAAACAUUGCUCGCGAAUAACGCGAAACUUUGCCAUCUGCACUUUAAGCGGGACCAGGUACUGGUUAAAUCAAACAGUGACCGCGCCAUAGUGCGCGAUCAGGUGCCCUGUUGCCCGCCCGGGGUCAUCGACCAAGGACACGCCAAAAAAGCACUCAAACCCAAAGAGAAAACCAUAAAAAAUCAGAAAACAGGGACUCAAGUAAAACAAUACAAACUAUCAGCAGUGGACCCUAUUACCGAGGAAAAAACAUCUGAAUCGAAUCCUCCACUGUAUCACUCUAUUUCCGGCUAUAUGGUUGAUCUGCGAAUCGCAGCUCAACAGGAGACGUUUCGUUUACCGAACGGGAAGCUGAUCCAGGUACGAAGACAACCGAAAAGAUCACCCUCAGAGUCCCCAUCCAAAACGCCACCAGAAAUUCAAAAUGCGGAGUCAGCCGAUACUAUAGACCUAACGCCAGAAACGGAAUCAACACCUGCAACAGAAGAAGCACUAGUCGAAACUCAAGCCACAGAAGAAGCUGAAGUCCCACUAGCUCUGAGCCACGCAAAACUACUAGAUCCUGCUCAUGUAACUCAUGCGUCAAAAACAUAUACCAACAAACGAGCAAGCAGUCAACGGUCACCGCCGAAAGGAAAGACUCGUCCAGUACCUCGUUUUGCCAAUCAACCAAGGUCGACUUCAAAACAAAUAACAAGCACCCUGUCCAAUGAGUCACAAUCAGCACCAACAUCACAACCCUGUACAUCACCAGCUUCAUUCACAAGUGUCCCACAAAUCACACGACCAAGGUCGACCGCACAAAUUGCUCCCCCCGUGCUUACCUCUCUCCAAAAUCUGUUUCAAAAGCAACACGAAAAUAGUACUUUUGGCAACUUCCAGAAACAGUUCGAAAAUCAACUAAUCUCCGCAGCUGAAAUUUCUCUCCAUGUAGUUUCCAAAGUGAACAAUCUUCUCAACUCGAAUCCGUUCAAGAAUGCCGCGAACGAGCGGGAUCUGAAAGAGCUGUACAUCACUGUAUCCUAUAUUUUGAAAUACGCCACAGACCGGUUCAAUGGUUUGGAAGAAAGCAUCGCAAACGACAUCAAAAGUAUGGGCUUCACCGACCAAUGCGAUCUAGGUCCGGUGUUGGAAAGUCAAACUAGGGAAGAGGCAAGCAAGACCAACGCGGAAGAUAACCCAAAAGCUCACGAUGAUGAUGACUGCGCUAUCAUCGAACAGCGAACCGAUUUGAUUGAGAUUCUCUCAGACGAAGAAGGCGAUGAAGAUCUUGUGGAGAAUGAACCUGUAUCUUCAAAAAAAAGUUGCACUGUUAAACCUCCGAUUACCGCAGCUCGGUCUCGCGGUGUUCGAAUAUGUUCCGAUACAGAAAGCGUAGCAGAUAAUGUAAGUGAUAAUGAGCCAGAACAAGUCUCCACCGCAGGCAGAACAGACGGACAAGCAAGCGGCCUGGAGCUAACAGCAAAUGAAGAUGAAUCCGAUCGGCAAACCGCGGACGAAUCAGACGUAAUAGAACUUGUCGUGAAGCACGAAAUUCGCAAAACCACGACAAAUCUUGUGGAAAGUUACUACUUUGAAGAAGAAGCAGAAACGGAAAAAAGGGAAGAUGAAGUAGUAGCAAUGGAUAUACAGGAUGAAUCGCACAGUGGCAGCGAGAACCAAGAAUGCGAACAGAGCGAAGUAUGUGAAGAAGAAACAGAGGAACUGAUUGAAAUCAUCGAAGGCGACGUGGACUUGGAUUUUGAUGAUGGCAACGAGUAUAAAGUGGUGGAUAUUAUCGACGGCGAUUUUUACCUUAUAUCGCAUGACUGAUCUGCAUCUUUUGUUGGGAUUUUCCUGAAUUGUACAAAGUUGAUGUAAGUUUUGGUUAAAAACAAAUCUAAAUUAGUUUUACGAAAAGCUAUGUGAAAUCAAUAUAUUGCGCUAAUGUUCACUGAAUAA